AUAUUAGGCGCGCGAAUAUCGCAAUCUUGGUUUGAAAAAAACCAAAUAAUUCGACAAAUGUUUUUUGUGUCUGUCUUUGUCUUCACUAGGCACGCCUCCCCACCUCAUCAAAGAUGAAUGAAGACAAUUAGUCUAUAUAAUAUAAUAAUGCAAUUGCUCACCAAUAAUUUAUAGUUGUAUCUCAGAACAAAACUGUUGAAUUCUACUCUUUUCUUCUUCAAGUCAUAUAUAUAUAAUGAUUAUUAUUCCUCUGCGUCUAUUCCCUCUGUUUUCUGCAAUUCUGCUGGCAAUUAUUGCAUUUCCGGACAUUUGCAGGUUUAUUUCCGGUUUAAGAUCUUGCUUAAAAGACGCUCGGUGGUAAUAAUUACGGCUUAAACGCGACAAAACAGACUGUAUCGUACUUGUAUGAUGCUGCUACUGUGCACGUGAGCGAAAGGUUGCUGAAUUGAGGUUGAAAAUACAGAUGAAGUGUGCGUAAGAAAUGUAUGAUUAUCGGCGUGUCCACUAGAUGGACCGGAGGAGUUGGCUGUGGCGCCGGAAGUCGUCCGAGAAAAGUCCCAAUGGUGAAACAGAAAGCUCAGGAUCAAUAUCAUCACAUUCAGAAAGAUUUUCUGAUGAUCAGGCCUCAUCAAAUCAUAACACUCACUCACCAGAAGUCAUAUCAAAAGCUGUACCUAGCGAUGAAGAACUUAAUGAAAGUGUGAAGACUUUAUCAGAGAAAUUAUCAGAAGCUCUUGUAAACAUUCGUGCGAAGGAAGACUUGGUAAAGCAGCAUGCCAAAGUCGCGGAGGAAGCUGUCUCGGGAUGGGAGAGAGCUGAAAAUGAAGUGCUAGUUCUGAAGAAACAAACUGAGGCCGUAACUCAGAAAAACUCGGUCCUUGAAGAACGUGUUAGACAACUUGAUGGAGCCCUUAAAGAGUGUUUGAGACAACUUCGACAGGCAAGAGAAGAGCAAGAACAAAAGCUUUAUGAUGCUGUUGCGCAGAAAAGUUGUGAAUGGGAAUCGACGAAAUCAGAACUUGAAAACCAGCUUAUCGAACUCCGUUCUCAACUUCAAAGUGCUAAAACAGAUGUCAUUAAGCUUGAAACCAUGGAGAAAGAGAACGCAAUCCUGAAGCGAGAACUCCACUCUCAAUCUGAAGAACUGAAACUGAUGACCUGCGAGAGGGACUUGAGCACCCGUGCCGCAGAAUCUGCUAGUAAACAGCAUCUUGACAGCAUAAAAAAGACAGCGAAGCUUGAGGCAGAGUGUCGCAUGCUAAAGGCAUUGGCUCGCAAAGCAUCACAUGCAAACGAUCUUCAUUCUUCUACUUCCACAGUUCAUGUAGAAUUUUUUGCAGAUAGUCAGUCGGAUAUUGUAGAUAAUCUACUGGUUAUUGAAAAUGACAAUUGUAAGAUUAAUGGAUUGAAACCAGUGGACAGCGGGUUUUACAAGCCCGAGUCUCGGGUUAUAGUGGCAGAGAUGGGUAAAUUUAAGUAUGAAAGGCCUCUGGGAAGAAAUCAUAUGGUUUCGUCUGUUGAGAUUGAUCUCAUGGAUGAUUUUCUUGAAAUGGAGAGGUUUGCAUCGUUACCUGAGACGGAGAGUGGAAGCGGCCCUGAAACAGGAGCCGAGGGUAGGGAUCAACCUUUAAAAGCUGAACUGGACACCAUGAUUACUCGGACAGCUGAACUUGAAGAAAAGUUGGAGAGGGUGGAAGCAGAGAAAAUAAAUUUGGAAAUGGCUCUAAAGGAGUGCCAAAAACAGCUUAAGACUUCCCAAGAUCAACUAAAGGAAACACAGUUGAAAUUGGUGGACCUGGAAACUCAGCUUGCUAUGGUGAAUGAAGCAAAGAGAUUGUCUGAGCUUGAAGUCGAGGCUGCCAAUGAAAAGCUUACCAAAUCGACAAAUAAUUUAGAAGAUGCCAAGGUCAAUCUGGUCGAACUUAAAAAUCAGUUAAUAGUUGCAAAUGAGGAAAAGUUUGUGAUUGAGUCCGAACUUAAAACUAGGAAUAUAAAGAAACAAGAAGUUGAGUUACAUGUCAAAUCACUGGAACUUGAGUUGGAAGCCUUGCAUUCGAGCAUUGGUACUUUAGAAGAAGAGAUUAAAAGAGAAAAAUGUGUUUCGGGGGAAGCUGUUGUGAGGUGUCAGACAUUAGAAAACGAGAUUUCGAGAAUGAAACUGGAUUAUCAGCUUCAGAGAUCAGCUGGAAUUGAAGAGUUCAGAAUCAAUCAGGAUAAAGAACUGGCAGUGGCUGCUAGUAAAUUCACUGAGUGUCAAAAGACAAUUGCUUCUCUCAGUCGACAGCUAAAAUCUCUCGCGACAUUUGAUGAUUUCCUGAUAGACUCAGAGAGGCCAGUAUGACUCCUUUGAAAAAGCACAUUCGCAAUCUUCGUGUUAAAAUUGCAUUCCCGAGGAAAUUUCACCCAACAUUAUAUUACGAAGCUUGAGCUGUUAUUAAUGGAUUGUUCGUGCCACUGAAGUUUUGUUGGAGUAAGAAGCUAUAUGUAAGAAUUGAGGGGGGAUUAUUAUUUUUUGUCUCGGAAACAGCCUAGUAUGUGUUUAGAUGUCAGAUUUGUAAUUAAACCUUCGAUUUCGUUAUUUGAAAUUAAAUUGCAGAAAAAGGAUAAUAAACUUACUAGGAUGAAACUUAGAAUCCAAGCAAAAACACAACUUUUCUUCUUUGUAUAGGAUGAAACUUAGAAUCCAGGCAAAAACACAACUUUUCUUCUUUGUAUAUUCAGAUUUCUUGGUA